GAUUGGUGUCCAUCGAUAUAAAAGCGAAAGGCCGCGUUAAAAUCGAUUAGAUCUGUUUACCUCUGGUGUAAUGAGGAGUUAAGCGCAAGCCGAGCGAUAGUGUGAGAAUUAUAAGUCAGCCCUUCGAAUUUCAUAUUUCGUGGUGGCGUUGACUUUGAGAGGCACAUUUCAAGAGAAUUUAACCCUGGUUAAUUUAUUAAGCAGUUAUGUCGUUUUGGGAUACUUUUCAGAACUUAGAAUCACAUGUUAAAACCAAGAUCCUUACAGAGCUUCAAACCAUUUUUGGCGCAUCGUUUGAAUUCGAGGCGUGCAUUUACUUGAUGCAGUGGUUGGUUCAUCAGUCAUGGGAUGAGGCAAUUGACCCAAAUCUUCAGGGAUCAAGUGUGAUAAAAGCUAAACAGUUAAUGGAUGCCACCAUAUCCCACCUGAAUCUACAUAAACAAAAGCUAGAAGGUCUGGCUGCAUCUAUGAAUGACUUCCACAACAUGCUUUUAGCAAAGAAAGUAGAGGAAGUGAUUCAUAAAAUAGAGGAGAGCUAUGGUAAUGAUCCAGUGAAGCUUGCUCAGUAUUUCUAUGGGGUUGUUUCUAAACUGAGAGAAUUGGUCCAGAAUGCAGUCUCUAUUUCAUUGGAAUCAACAACAACAAUAGAUAUGGAGGACAUGGAUACUGAAGAUAGUGCUCCAGACCCACAUGUUGCUCUGCGCAAGCGACUGGAUGUUCUUGUCAAGGAUAGUCAGAAAAAUGAUUCCCUCUUGAAAGAAAUUGAACAGCUAAAAGAACAGUAUGUCAUAAAGUUCCAGGAAGUGAGUGGCAAAAUAGAUAAAUAUCAGCAGGAAGCCCAAAAGAUAACAAAUUCUUCACAGCUCAGUGAAAAUGAAAAGAAACAAAGGAUAGACCAUAUCAAGCAAGAGAUAGAAAAAAUACAACAGGAUUUAAGCAAGAUGGGCGAAGAGCUGUCAAUUACCAAAAGACUGGGCUUCAUUGAAUACCUCUGUACUCAUUUGAAGAAGUUAUCUGAAAUAGUAAAGAGUACUUUUGAAGAGAUUGCUGAAUGGCGACAUCUACAACAGAGAUCCCUGUGUGGUUUUAAGGCUCCACAGUCACUUGACAAACUACAAGAAAUUUGUGAAACACUUGCUGAACUUCUGUGGAAGUUGUUUCAACAAGCUUCCCAGCUGGACAAUCUUUUCCAUCAAGCAUUUCAGGGGAAUGAAUUAGAACUGAAGCGAAUGGAUAAUGUAAAAACAUCAGCAAGAAACCUCAUGAAACUGUUCUUGACUAAGACAUUUAUCAUAGAGAAACAACCUCCUCAAGUCUUAAAGAUUCAAACCAAGUUUGGAGUUGUGGUGCGGCAUCUUCUUGGUGGAAAACUGAAUAUCCAAACGCAUCCACCAGAGGUUACCUGUACGCUCAUUUCUGAAAAGCAAGCACAAGGUCUUAAUGUUGGGAAUCGCAAGAGCAGUGUAUCAUCAAACAACAGUCCUGUGUUGAACAACAAGAAGACACUGGAAUUCAACCAAGUCACAGGGAAGCUGAUUGGUGAAUUCAAAAACUUGUCUCUGGCCAAAGCCACAAGACAGGGCGGUAAGAACAAGGAAGUAGUCACAGAAGAGAAGUCGGCAUUACUCUUCUCCACACAAAUCAACCUCGGAAAGGAAAUAUUCAAUAUAUCGGCGAUUUCAGUUCCUGUGGUUGUGACAGUUCAUGGCAAUCAACAGUGUGAUGCUGAAGCAACUGUUUUCUGGGACAACGCAUUCGCUGACAAGGAAAGGAAACUUUUCGAUGUCCCCGAUCAAGUUGAAUGGCCCCGCUUUGCAGAAGCUCUGAACAAAAGAUGGGCUCUUAACAAUCAACUCCCACUUAGCCCUGACAGCAUCGCGUUCUUAGGGAAGAAGAUUUUUCCAGGCAAAAUGGAGGGAGGUAUGGACAAUGCCAUGGUUACAAGACAGCUCUUCAAUAGGGAUCAUAUGAACGGUCGCUCCUUCUCCUUUUGGAAAUGGUUUUACGGAGCCUUAGAUGUGGUGUCAAGACGGCUGCUGGACGAAUGGAGGGACGAACGCGUGGCUGGUUUCAUCAGCAAGAAUAUUGCGCAUGACAUGUUAAGAGGCUGUAAUUCUGGCACGUUCCUGCUGAGGUUCAGUGAGACAGAGAUUGGUGGAAUUAGCGUCGCCUAUGUUAAUACAUAUGACGGUGGUCCGUGUGAAGUUUUCGAUGUGGCUCCAUGGACGAACACACAUCUGCAAAUGAGAAAAUUUUCUGACCGACUAAAAGACUUGGGAGAACUUGUUCAGCUUUUCCCUAACAUAGCCAAAGAUGACGCUUUUGGUCCGUACUAUACCAAUGAUGAAAACCAAGAUACUGAUAAUAAUGAUUAUCAGCAAACUGUACUGGCAGUGAGGCUGGCAGGGAAACAGGGCGGCAAGAGUCCUAUGUACCCGGCUGGAAGGGACUCUACCAUGGAAACUCCGCCAUCAAGUUCGUAUCCAUUUCACGGCUUUGCAGAUUUGUCAUUGUACCCAGGUUCCCCUGCCUCCCCGCCCUCGCCCCAGUCUGUUGCCAGCUCUACCGUUCUGGAUGGAACAGAACUCGGUCUAGGUAACCAGGAAAUUGUUGGGGACUAUGGACAGUUGGCGCCCGAGCUGGCGUUGAGCAAUGUGUUCCUGAGCGGCCUUCAGGCUUAUAGUGGACCAUCUAGUUAUAUGGCGGCCAUGGCAGCCGCGAUGGGUGAGGAUUUUGAUCUCUCUAUUUUAAAUGACAUAAAUCCUGCGCAGCCGCAGUAGGGGCUAGUUACGAACCUUGGAGACAGUUGAGGAAAGGAGUCGUUAAAAAAUUGACGUGUGUUGAAGUUGUACAGCACUGGUCCACUCUUGUAGUCCAAGGGGAUGGAAUAUAAAGGUUUGCAAAUCCUUGUUUCUAGUCCCAUCCCAAAACAAAAUGAGAAAAGUGAACGUAAUUCUUUUCAGAAACAAAGCUCUUUUCCCAGGCUCAAGAGGGACCAAAAGUUUUGUUUUUCAUUGUGUCAAUUUUGCGACUGUUCAGUUUUGAUCGGGAUUUAAAACCUGCGUCAACAAUUUAGCUAAAUGUAGAUGUGGUAAACAGUUUUUCAAGGUACUAUCCUCUCGAUCCAUGUGCAUUGUCUUAGUUUGUCCCAGCAAACCGGGAGCACUAUACUGCAUAUUUUAAAACCUGGCACUCGCCAGAGUUUGCUUCGGGGAAUAGUUAAGAUGGCUGUUCUGUCAUCCAUUUGGCCAAACCCAAGGAUCGCACUUAAGAUACGUAUUUUGAGUGAGUUUUUGUCGACGCCUAUCGUACAAAACUGAAUUAGCUAAAAGGCGUGGCACGCACGACUCACAAAAUCACUUUUCUUUCAUAGUGUGUUGUAUUGUAUUAUUCAAAGACACCGAUUACUAUGCUGGUUGUUCUUUGGGAUAGAAUUAUUACCAAAGAGUGAACUCAAAGUGUCCACGGCCUUUGGCUAUUUAUUAAAGGUUAUACGCCGUUGUUUUCUUUAAUUUUUUUUUAUACCGCCAGGUAGUUUUUUAGGGAUAACGGCGAAUAUGAGAAAAACUGGCCGCAAUGUUUUCUGAUGUUAGGACGGUUUUGCGGGCGGAAACCGAGGAAAAGAAAUCAUUUUCAAAGGCGAAAACGUUUUAAAUUUAUUUGCUCUUUUAACUCUUAGCUGUUUAUUUGAAUAUUACGUGGUAUACGGGAUUUAAUUUCUCUUUUGGCCUAAAUAUAUGUUUGUUACUUAACUUAAGUUCGUCCUAAUCACAGCGAGUGACUCAUCCCAGGGCUGUGGUCUAGCAGCGCCCGGUGGCCUCUGGCGCCUUACAUUUGUUCUUGGGCGACCCAGGAUUCUUAGUUUUUUCAUAAAAAGCAUAUUCUGAGCACUCUGGAUUUCACAGUUUCUGAGCACUGGGCUCUCUUCAAUUUUUCUUAGAGCACAGCCUUGCAUCCAUUCCACCACAGAAUAUAUUAUAGUUAUAAAAUAUUGAGCAAAUAUUAAGACAUUUGCAUUAGGCACUUUUUUUUUUGUAUCAUUACAAGGUUAAGUGACAGGUAACGUAAUAUAUUGAUAAGACUUGAAGGAAUUAUUAGUAAUUGGAGUAAGUAAAUUUGAGGCAGAUACGCAGCAAAGUUUUUUGUCGUUCUCCAAGGUUCGUAAACUAUACCUUAACUCCUGGAUAUAUGUCAGUUAGGUGUGUGCAGAUGUUAAUUCCUAUCUUAGGACUUAUACAACACAAAAGUUUUAUGGUUACUUUGAUUAUAUGGUUUUCUUAUCUUUUAUGUUUCUUAAUGGAACAUCUUCGGAACUAAACUGGCGGAAUUCUUUAGGGUCUACUACAGUGAUGUGGUUCUUAAAGUUUAUAGUUUUAUGUUGUUUAUUGAGUUCUGAGUUUAAACUAUAUUGUAUUAUCAGCAUGAACGUGUGUUGCUAGUCCGGCCCCAUUCUUAAUAUGAUGUACCCUGUAAAAAAUGUUUGCUCUUAAAGUGAUUGACAGACGAUAUGCUAGACUUUUGCCUUGAAGAGCCUCUCGUGCAGAGGUCAAUCCACAGUCAAGGAAGGGUUACGAGAGUUGUGGCUUUUCGUGUCAAUUCGGAGACCUGUUUCCUGUUUAUUUUUGGAUAGAGAUUAUUGAUACCAGGAGGUUUCAUAUGAAUACUGAUGAGAUUUUGAAGUAACUGGUGGUGCUCUUUGUCUCUCAGAUGAUCAUAGCGUAAAUUAUUUCUUGUUAAAGGGGGUAAGUUUCUAAAGAAAUCGUGGUGCUAUGACGGUGGUUCGUUCAACUGAAUUGUUAAAAACAAAUUACAUGAUUUCUUAAAUGGCAGAGAAUGAUGAUUAUUUUAAUUUAGCCUUAACGGAAGUUAUCAUGCAAGGAAAGCUUUAAAUGUUUUUGCCCACCAACAGUAACAGUUUUAACAGAGUCCUCUUCUUGUGCAACAUUUGCCACUGUAAAGAUCAUUUGCAUUAAUUUUCUUUUGUAAUCAUUUUAAACGACCUAUGGAGGAUGUUCAUUGCUUUAGGAAUUUAGAAUUUAUGUAAUUAAAAAAGCUAGAGGAUCGUAGUAUUUGUAAACGAAGACAGAAGUCAGCUAUUAAAUAUAAAAAUUUGAA